CGGGAUCAUGCGCGCGACCGGCCGCAACUUGUCUCCGCAAAGGGCCCGUGACGCGCUGCAACAAGCCUACAAUUAAUCGUAACAGCUACCGGCAAAGUUUUACCAUGACACUCAUCCUUGCACCGAAAGGUCGACUCACAGCAGCGACAAUACGGAAUGUAGUUACGUCAUCGGUUCUCCCAAUAACACGGACUGGCCAUCACCAUGGCAGGCUCCGUCCUUUCUCCCACACCUCCGCCUCGCACGCCGACUUCACCCACGCCGUGAUAGGCGGCGGCGUAGUCGGCCUCGCCAUCGCGCAGCAACUAGCCCGGCGCUCUUCCUCCCCUUCCACCCUCCUUUUGGAGCGUCACUCCGCCGUCGGCACCGAGACCUCCUCGCGCAACAGCGAAGUCAUCCACGCCGGUAUCUACUACGGCGCUGGCACUCUCAAGACGGAGCUUUGCAUCCGGGGCAAGAAUUUGCUGUACGAGCUCUGCGAGAAGCACGCGGUUCCCCACAAGCGUGUGGGCAAAUGGAUCGUCGCGCAGAAUCAGGCCCAACGCGAGGCGCUGCAGCGCAUCCAUGACUUCUGCGUCAACGAAAUCAACGUGCCCGUGCGCUGGGUGUCGCGUGAGGAAGCGCAACGUCGUGAGCCGGCAGUGCGCGCCGAAGCUGGGAUCUUGGAGUCUCCGACGACGGGCAUUGUGGAUUCCCACUCGCUGAUGGUCUGUCUCCAGGGCCGCUUCGAAGAAGCAGGCGGGACGGUGGCGCUCGCCAGCGCCGUCACGGCCAUUCGGCCCGUUGGCGGUGCCAAUGCUAACGGAAAGGAGGGCUGGGAACUCACAGUCCGCGACACCACCACCGGCGAAUCAUCCACCAUUACCACCUCAACGAUCAUCAACUCCGCCGGCCUCGGCGCCGUCGACGUCCACAACAUGAUUGUCCCGCCCUCACAACACAAACAAAUGUUCUACGCAAAAGGAAACUACUUCUCCUACACCUCCUCCUCUCCCAAAGUCUCAACCCUCAUCUACCCUGCUCCAGAACCCGGCGCGGGCGGGCUGGGCACGCACCUCACCCUCGACCUGGCGGGCAGGAUCAAGUUCGGCCCGGAUGUGGAAUGGGUCGAUUCCCCCGACGAUUUGGCUGUAAACUCGGCGAGGUUGCCGGAGGCGAUCGAAGCAGUUAAGAAGUACCUGCCGGACUUGGAUGAUACCCAGUUACAGCCAGAUUAUGCGGGCAUCAGGCCGAAGCUGGGGAAGGCGGGGGCGGUGGCGCAGGGGAAGGGAUUUGUAGACUUUGUGAUUAGGAGGGAAGAGGGGUAUGAGGGGUGGGUGAACUUGUUGAAUAUUGAGAGUCCGGGGUUGACGAGCUCGUUGGCUAUUGCGGAGAAGGUGGAGGGGUUGUUGUACGGAUGAGUUUGGGGAGUUGGGUAAGUGAGUUCAACCGUGUUAUGUGACGGUCAGGAAGUGAGGACGAACCAGGCGUCCAUCUCUCCUCAUUGGAUCCACGACAGUAUCAUCUCGCCGCUUGGAUUGCGUGAGCUCUUCCGACAAUGUGUCUUGCUCCCCUUCCAAUUCGCCGAGGUCUCUUAUAUUCAAAGUACAUAUACUUUUUCGACAUCCCAAUUAUCAUAUCAGCGUGAAUCCUUCAGCAUAAACAUCUCACGAAGUUUUCAGCUACUUUUAACCUCAUGAAAUGCAUGGUCACGUAUGUAACAUACCCCGCG